AUGGCGGGGUCGUUUGACGACCCGGAUUUAGCGGUGGAGGACUACAUUCCCAAGGACAAGGAUGACAUGCAGCUGAUGCGCGAGCGAUGGUCCAAGCUGCUGCUGGGAGACGACCCAUCCGGAGGGGCUAAGGGGUGCGGCCCUGCGCUAGCCAUGGCCAAUGCUAUCACUAGCGUCUCAGCAUCCAUCUUCGGGGAUGGGCUGCGGCUGCGGCCGCUGCCAGAGGAGGACGAGCGCAAGUGGAGGAGGGAGAUGGGCAUCAUGGUGUCGGUGUGCCGCCACAUCGUGGAGCUGGCACCUGCAUGGACCACUCGCCCUGACGGGAGCAGAUUUGAGGUGAUGCGUCGGAGUGUCCGAGCUGACCUUCGGAUUCAGCUGCCGGCGCUCAGCCAGCUUGAUACCAUGCUGCUGACCAUCCUGCAGCACAGCCAAUCAGACGAGUACUACUACGAGGACGAGCUGCCAGGUGGCGACCUAACACAGGAGGACGGGGAGGAGGACGAGGAGGGGGAGGACGAAGAGGAGGUUGAGGAGACAUUGCGUGGCGACGACGACGACGAUGACGACAGGGAGAGCUUCGGAGCCGGCAGCACGGGCGGCAGCAGCAGCGGUAUGGGCGGCGGCAUGGGCGGCAUGGGAGGGUCGGCUGGGGAUCUGUACGGUGCACCGGAUCGUCUCAUCAGGCGCAGCGCCACAGCCCCCUCGGAGCGGCCUGCCACUCACGCCGGGCCGUAUGGGACUGGAGGGAUGAGCGGGCGGUUGGGAGGAGUGGGUGGGGAUGGUGGGGAGAGGGGAGGUGGGGGGCGACGGGGAGUGAGCCACGGGUCUGCACAUAGUUCGGCGCAUGGUUCGGCGCAUGGUUCGGCGCAUGGUUCGGCGCAUGGUUCGGGGCAAGGUUCGUCGGUUCACGGGUCGUCCCCACGAGGGUCUUCAGCAGACGAGGAGGAGGAUUUUGCUGAUGAUGAGGGGCAGUACAGCCAGGGAGGGGAGUUUGACGACAGAGGCACGUUGCACACAGGGAACACCAGAGACACAGGAGACGCGGGAGAGCGGGGAUCAGGACACGGAGGGGACGGGGGCUCAGGGCACUACAGACGGCUCUCCUCCCCUGGGUUUGAGGCAGAGAGGCACGGUAGUGAAGAGGACCUGAUGCAGCAGCGGGGCGGAGGAGGGGGAGGAGGGGAGGGCGAGGAUGCGUGUAGCAGUGGGAGUAACACGGGGAGCAACGCAGGGAGUAACACGGGGAGCAGGGAGGGGUCGAGUCCAAACCCCGGGUCAUCCUGGGGUUUUCAUCAGCGGUCCAGCAGCACAGCUGCUCCUGCUGCUCCUGCCUCUUCCUCAGGUGUUCCUUCAGGUGCUUCUCCAGGGUCGGGGGGCAAGCGGCGGGUGUCGUCACGCUCCUCGAGCUUCAGCUACGACUUUUCGGCGCUUCUAGGGGGUGGAAGGAGCCGCGGCGGCGGCGGCGGAUCUGUUGCUGCUGCUGGCGCAGCAGGGGGAGCGUCAGGGGGAGGGACAGGGGCAGGAGGGGGGAUCCCUCCCGGUGGCAGCGGUAUCAUGCGGGGACUCAAACGCAGCGUGACUGAUGUGAGGGACAAGAGGUUCAUCCCAGAAGGCAUGGGCGGGGGAGCCAUGGGAGGAAUGGGAGGAGGAAUGGGGGGAAUGGGAGGAGCAGGAGUGGGAGGAGGAGAGGGGGCAGGAGGGGGCCGGCAGGUGUGGCGGUGGAAGAUGAAGCCGCGAGUGCGGGGGCCGCUGGGGGAGGCGCUGGUGCGGUGGUUGGAGCAGCAGAUGGAGAAGACGAGUCAGAUCAUGAAGCUCGCCAUGACCAUCAACCAGCAGGUCCUUCAGGACAUGCAAGUCCCCGACGCCUUUGUGCAGCGCCUCCCCAAGGUAAGACCUCCCUCCCCAAUGUACUGCCUGCCUGAGUGCGCGAUGGUGGUGGGUUGCCUUCACGUCAACCCCUCCACACAUGUCAAACUGCUCUUCUCUCUGAUCCACAUCCUUCCUUCCACCCCUGCACGCACGCCCACCCAUCCACCCCCCCAACCCUCCACCCCCCAACCCCCCGCCUCUCCACCCCUCAACCCUCACCCCUCCCCUCUCUCGUCAGAACGUGAGGGCGGUGGUGGGGGCAUGGUGGUGUAUGCAGCACUGCACGCCAACCCGUUCACGGACGACAAGCUGCUCUCCAUGGUGGACCUGUCCAAUGAGAAGCGGCUUUCAAACUGUGCCUCUCCACCUGUUUCCUUCCCACCCGUCCCUUCCCCCCACCUACUCCCAUCAGAACGCGAGGGCGGUGGUGGGAGACAGGCUGUAUGCAGCGCUGCACGCCAACCCGUUCACGGACGACAAGCCACUCCCCACUUUGCUCACCAACCUUCAUGCCAACCAUUACCGCCCGACUUCUCCACACCUACACUGUUCCCCACUUCAGAACGUGAGGGCGGUGGUGGGAGACAGGGUAACGUGAGGGCGGUGGUGGGAGACAGGGUGUAUGCGGCCCUGCACGCCAACCCCUUCACGGACGACAAGCUGCUCUCCACCGUGGACCUGUCCAAUCAGAAGGCGGCUCUCAAGCUCGCCUGCAAGCUCGAGGCUGCCGAGCAGAUCUGGAUGCGCCAGCUCGCGAUUGCAAGGGAGCCCCAGCUGAGCCACACGCUGGGCGGCAGUUAUUUGUCCACUAGCAGCCGGGACGUGGUGCGGUUGGAGGAGAGCCUGCAGCGCGUCUCCUCGUGCCUUGCUGCCAUCCGCCGCAGAUGGCCCGACCUGCCCCAAACUACUCUGGAUCUUGCCAAAAUCGCGUUCAAUGGGGUAAGCUACGCUACCUCAGUUCAGAGAUAUCAGAGGGGAAGUCAGGAGAGCCUGCAGCGCGUGUCCUCGUGCCUUGCUGCCAUCUGCCGCAGAUGGCCCGACCUGCCCCGCACCACUCUUGACCUAGCCAACAUCGCAUUCAAUGGGCUGGAAGGAGCAGCAUCCAACAUCCGGUCACGAAUCCGGGAUGUGCUGCACGCCAACUACCUCUUCCUCAACCCGCAGCAGUUCGUGGACCUGCCCUGCGACCCGCACCCUCAAGGCCUGCGCCACCCCACCUUCAGCCUGCUCAUGCCCGAAACCUCUUCCUCAACCCCUUUCCCCAUGCAUCCCAUGCCUCCCUCCCCUCCCCCCCCCCCACCACCUCCCCCAUGCUGCCUGCAGGACAUCGGCAAAGCAGUCCUUGAAAGCUACUCGCGGGUGCUGGAAGGAGCAGCAUCCAACAUCCGGUCACGAAUCCGGGAUGUGCUGCACGCCAACUACCUCUUCCUCAACCCGCAGCAGUUCGUGGACCUGCCCUGCGACCCGCACCCUCAAGGCCUGCGCCACCCCACCUUCAGCGUGCUCAUGCCCGAAACCGUCUUCGACGCCGUCUCCAUGUCCAGUGAUAAUAGCGAAUCCACCAAUGGCAGCGUCCGGUCCUUCGACUCUAGUCGCAGCGGCGGGAGCGCGCGGUCGGGGAAAGGCGCGCGGGGCGGAGGGGGUGGGGGGCCGGGAGGAGGAGGGGAUGGAGGAGGCGGGCUGGGUGCAGCGGUGGGAGUGGGGAUGGCGCCGGCAGGGCCGGGGUAUCCGGGUUCGGGGGUGCUGGGGAAGGCGUCGGCCAAGUGGGAUAUGCGGCCCCCGCGCAGCCCUGAGCUGCGUAGCCCCUUGAUUUCAGGCGCCAUGGGCCGGCUGUCUGUCGGUGGCGGUGCUGUGCCUGGUGGCGGGGGUGGCGGCGGUGGCAGCAGCGGAAGCGGGAGAUACAUGCGGAGUCCUCUUCAUGGGCGGAACACUUCAGGUGCCGGCUCAGGCGCUGGUGUCGGUGGUCCCGGUGGUGGUGGUGGUAAUGGUGGUGGAAUGGGUGGGGGAGCAGGUGGGGGUGGGGGUGGGAUGGUGUAUCCCCCUUCUGGGUCAGGGGGAGGUGGAUCUGGGGGAAGCUCACCCUCCGCCAGUCCCAGCCGAGCCAUGCUAGGGGACAGGUUUCUCAGGCGCACUGGGUCGCUGCAGCCUAGGGGAAAGCGGGGAAACCGGGCGUUGGGGAGGAGUCAGAGCGGAGGGAUGGCAGAUGAAGUGAUGUGUGGGAUGGGAAUGGGCGGCGGUGGUGGUAAUGGUGGUAAUGGCGGUGGUGGUGGUGCUGGUGGUGGUGGUGGCGGUGGUGGGGUAGGAGGAGGGCGUGGAGUGGGGUCUCCUGGUUACCAGGUUUCGCCUUCUCGUGGGCCGGUGCAAUUCUCGCCGGCUUCCCUUCUUCUCGCCGCAUCUGCCGGCGCGCUGCUCGCGGAUUGGUCUGCUCUCCCCGCGGCGCAAGCGCUGCCGUUUUUGCUCCCGCCUGCCGGCUUCCGUCUGUACGUGGAUCGGCUCGACGGCUACUCGUUCUUCUACCCCGACUCGUGGGUCGAGGUGCGGGGAUCCGGGCAGGACUGUUUCUUCCGCAGCUCGUUCAACCUCGACGAGAACGUGAGCGUCGAGGUGUCGUCGCCCUCGUCGUCCCGAUUCGCGUCUGUGCGGGACCUGGGAGCCCCCCAGGCGGCAGGGGAGCGAGUAGAGAAGCAGCUUCUAACGGAGUUCAUGUCCACACGCCUGGGCGUGCGGCGUGAGGCCUCCCUCAUCUCCUCCGCCAACCGCAUCGUGCCAGCUGGCACCGGGAGGAGAGGCGCCGGGGAGCAGGAGGAGGACGCUGAGUACUAUGACGUGGAG